AUGAUAUCUGACCUGAUCUGCAAAUUAAAGCCGGUGCUGUUCCUGCCAGGUGCAAUAAUCUGCCAGAAGGGUGAAGUUGGGCUGGAGAUGUACAUCGUGAAGCAUGGUUUCGUUGAGGUGGUCGGCGGUCCGGACAACUCUCUCGUCUUCGUGACUCUCAAGGAGGGCAGCGUAUUUGGAGAAAUUAGAACCUUUUUAAUGUUCUUUCUGUCCGUCAGCUUGUUGGCAUUUUCCGGUAAGAAUAGACGCACGGCCACUGUGCGCUCCAAGGGUUACUCCACGCUCUUUCGGCUGACAAAGAAGGACUUUGAAGAGGCGAUGAAAAACUAUCCAGCGGCCUAUAAACUUCUCGUCAGGAGAGCACAGUAA